CUCUCUCUCUCUCCUCAGUUUUUCCUCUACUUUUUCCCACUGUCCCUCGCUCUACUGACCCUGGCAGGGCGAGAUUGUCACGCUUGUCUUGUCCACACUCCUACCACAGUGAAGCUCAAAAAUCUCUCUCUCCCCCCACAACCGGCGAACCAGGAAAAGACAUGGUUCGCCUCUGACAAUCAAAAGACGUGCUUCUAAUCAUCCCCCUUCCAAGCCCCCAAAAUCUGCCUCCUCUAAUUUCACUUCUUCUCCCUCUCUCUCUCUCUAGCUCUAAAUUCUUCCAUUGUUGUCUUCACUAGAAAACAACCAACGACAAACAAAAAGAGAAAUGGAAUCCCCAUCACCCAUCUCCUCCCAGCAACAGCAACAGCAGCAGCCGCAGCAGCCGCCCUCUUCCAAGAAGAGCUUCGUCACCACCCUCAUGGAAGCCGCCGCCCUCCGCUCCCCUUCCUUCAAGGAGGACACCUACUUCGUCUCCCGCCUCAAGUCCUCCGAGCAAAAGGCCCUCCAAGACCUCAAGCUCAAGCUCUCUUCCUCCCAUUCCUCGGACUCCGGCGAGGGCGGAGAGGGCGGCGACGGCGAGGGCGAGGGCGAGGGCGAGGGCGUUGGCGCUUCCAUGUGGGGCAUCCCUCUCCUCAGCGGCGACGAGCGGGCCGACGUCGUCCUGCUCAAGUUCCUGCGGGCGCGAGACUUCCGCGUCGCCGACGCGCACGCCAUGCUGGAGAAGUGCCUGGCUUGGAGGAGCGAGUUCAAGGCCGACGGCAUCGGCGAGGAGGACUUGGGCUUCAAGGAGCUCGAAGGCGUGGUGGCCUACAUGCGCGGGUUCGACCGGGAAGGGCACCCGGUGUGCUACAACGCGUAUGGCGUUUUCAAGGACAAGGACAUGUACGAGAGGAUCUUCGGGGACGACGAGAAGUUGAAGAGGUUCCUCAGGUGGAGAAUCCAAGUGCUGGAGAGAGGGAUGAGAGCCCUGCAUUUCAAGCCCGGGGGUGUCAACUCCCUCAUCCAGAUCACUGAUCUCAAGGACAUGCCCAAGAGGGAGCUGAGGGUAGCGUCCACUCAGAUCCUGUCCCUGUUUCAAGACAAUUAUCCCGAAAUGGUCGCUCGCAAGAUUUUCAUCAACGUCCCCUGGUACUUCAGCAUGCUGUACUCGGUGUUCAGUCCGUUCUUGACUCAGCGGACCAAGAGCAAGUUCGUCAUCUCCAAGGAAGGCAAUGUUGCAGAGACUCUCUACAAAUUCAUCAGGCCAGAGGAUAUUCCUGUUCAAUAUGGAGGGCUGAGUCGACCCAGCGAUCUACAGAAUGGUCCUCCGAAGCCAGCGUCUGAGUUCACCGUCAAAGGCGGAGAGAAAGUUAACAUCCAAGUAGAGGGGAUCGAGGCUAAUGCGACGAUAACGUGGGAUAUAGUGGUGGGAGGCUGGGAUUUGGAGUACAGCGCCGAAUUCGUGCCCAACGCCGAGGGGAGCUACACGGUCGCGGUCGAGAAGCCCCGGAAGAUGUCCCCGUCCGAGGAAGCGGUCCACAACUCCUACACCGCCCGCGAAGCAGGCAAGAUGGUCAUCUCCGUGGACAACACCGCCUCGCGGCGGAAGAAGGUGGCUGCCUACCGCUACAUCGUCCGCAAAGCCCCCGCAUUUUAACUUCCAGUCACCCAUUUUUGGUUUCAUCGUGUUUCCUACCUACUUGUUAAAAGAUGGAGCGGGGGGGCAAUUAUGCUUGAAAGCCAUGUCUGGUAAUGAGUGAAUGAAUGCCGUGAUAUGUAUAAAUAUGGUGCUACUGGUUUUAUCAUAUAAGCGUAUUGAUUUAUGUCGAAGAGAGGCGAGAUUUUACUUAAA